UUUGAGGAAUGCAACAUAAAGGACGACAUUCAAAUGAUCAGUACCAGGAACCUGGAAUAUCGGAUAAGCAACCUUGCAGAAAAAGAAGUGAGACUAUUCUGGACAGUGAACUCACUCAAAUCAUACGACAGCAGCAAUCGAGUCCCGAGAGGUUUGAGACAAUUUAAAGAAGCAUCUCAGUUCCACUCAGAUCCCGAAUUCCAAGCUGAGUGGCUGAAUAUCCAACUCGACAGCGCCACAAAAAUGAUGCGCCUCAUACUCAAACGUAAUGAAAAGGAAUACAGUGAUGUCACAACAGAAUUAUCUAAAUGUAAAACAGAACUAAGUAAACGACUUACAGAAGGCCAGUCCCAACAAUUUCUACAAAAACUGGAUAAGAAACUAAUUCCUAUACAGGCAGAAAUUAAAGAAAGAAAAAAAGACAAAUUUCUGAGAGACAAGAUGGAUUAUGACAAUGAUCGGAUUUUCAACUGGCAACAAGUGAAAGAAACAAAAAGACGGGCACCCAGAAAACCACAGAAGAGUAAACCCAGAAAUAGAGAUUAUUGGACGUCGGAUACUGGCUCCAACGAUGAACAAACAAACAAAGAAGAAGAUAACACAUCUACUCAAAAGGAAAAUCCAAAAAACGCGAAAGCCCCGCCAGAAGACGCAUCAGGCGGGACAGAAACAGCAAAGCAAAAAAGACCAAAAAGACAAGUGACAUGGAUGAAGAAGUAA